CAGCUGGUGUUUGUGUUCUGUGGCAACGGCGUGACGCUGAAGGAGUUCAGCGAGGCACUGCUGAGCUCAGAGCCGGUGUUCAGAGACAAGUGUAAGGAAAUAGAAGACCUUUUUCAGCAGCACACUGCCAUCAGCCUCCUGCCAGCAAGAAAUCACAGCCCAAAGGACUUGUUGAAUCCAGAGCUUUCCCAGCCCUUGCUGUUUGCCCUGCAGGUUGCUGUAGCUUCCCUCCUGAAGCACUGGGGUAUUAAGCCCGUUGCUGUUGUUGGCCACUCAGUGGGGGAAGUUGCUGCUGCACAUAUUGCUGGGUACCUUUCCCUGGCAGAUGCAGUCAAAGUGAUUUAUCACCGGAGCAGGCUGCAGGCAAAGACUGCCAGCGGCAGAAUGCUGGUGGUUGGAAACAUCCCUGUUGAAGAGAUUGCUGAACGCCUGCGUCCCUACUCGGGAAAGGUGUGCAUUGCUGCUUUCAACAGCCCCAUUUCCUGCACCUUGUCUGGGAGUGUAGAUGCUGUGGAAGCUGUGCAGAGAGAGUUAGCUGAAGCUUUCAGACAGAGAAACAUCUUUCUUCAUGUUUUAAACGUCCCACUUGCAUACCACAGCCCCAGCAUGGACAUGAUACUUGGGGAGCUGGAGGAGCAGAUAGAGCCUUUAGAAAAGCAGAAGGGGGAAAUGGAAGUGAUUUCAACCCUGACAGGGGUGGCUGCAUCUGAAAAUGACUUUGUUCAGGGCAAAUUCUGGGCAAAGCAUACUCGUGAGCCUGUUGUUUUCACACAAGCCAUCCAAACUGCAGCCAGAGGCAGGGAAAAUGUGGUGUUUGUGGAAAUAAGUCCUCAUCGAGCAUUGCAGCGAAGCAUAAAAGAAACACUAGGAAAAGGCACCAAGGUGUUGUCCUCUUUGCAAACAGAUGCAGAACAUCAGACACUCUUUGGCCUGGUAGGAAAUCUCUUUGAACUAGGAUUUAAUCCCAACUGGCACCACUUUUAUAACGGCUACCAAAGUGUUCCUGUGGCCAUUCCACGAUAUCAAUUUGAUCGCCAGAAACUCAUGGGCUAUCUGGAUAUCCAUCAACAGGCAAACCAAAGAGGUGCAAGUGCCAGUCAUCCUUUGAUUUAUGGCAUAAAUGGUGAGAAUGUGGAGUUCAGCUGCCUGGUGUCCCAGGACACGACACCGUAUUUAUAUGAGCACAAGAACAAUGGGGUGGCCUUAGUCCCUGGUGCUUUCUAUGUGGAGCUUGGUCUGGCCUGUGUGAUGAACAGCUCAAGACCUAAAGUGCCUCUGAGCACUUGCCAGCUGAGUAUCAGCUUUUCUGCACCGUGUGUUCUCACACAGAAUUCCCAAGUGCUGAGUAUCAAGCUGAGUCCGCAAAAAGCCAUGACAACCUUUGAGGUUCUCUCUUCCUCCAACGCAGUUUAUGCUGCUGGCCAAGUGGCAAAGGGGCUUGAAGGUGUGGUGGAAGAAAGCAGCAUCUCCUUCCAAGCCAUCUAUCGAAGAUGCAAGUCAGUGAUUAGCAGAGAGGAGGUUUAUGAAGCACUGUCUCAGGUUGGCUUUCAGUAUGGCUCCAUAUUCAGGCAGCUUGGUGAUGUUCACUAUUGCCAGGAGCUAAAGGAAGCUAUAACAAGCAUAAAGGUGAAUGAGGAGACCAUCAGAGACAUGCACAGCUACUGCAUCCACCCAGUGCUGCUCGACUGUUUUCUGCAGAUGACGGCUGUCUUGAGCUCAAGGACACUCCAGUCCAGAGCAGGCUUUCCUUCAGGGAUAGGCAGCCUGGUGGUGCUCCGCCCGCUGGAGGAGGAAAUGACAAUAUACAUGAGAUUGAGCAAAUCCACUGGGAACUGCCUUGAGGUCUGUGGAUGCUUUGUGGACAAACACGGCUCUGUUUUGGCUGAGCUCAAGCGCGUUGCCAUCACUUUCAUGAAGGAAUCAUCCUCUAGAGACAAUGAGUUCCUGUUUGAAAACAAAUGGAAAGAAGUCUCUCUUUCACCAACAACUGGACAUCUGGGGUUUAAGCCCAGAGUCCUUGUGUUUGCAGACAAAUUUGGGAUAGCUGAGCAGCUCAAAAAACACUUGCAUCCUGCUUCGAGAUAUGUUAUGUAUGAAGACUGGGAAUGCCUCAUGGAAGGCGAUACACAGAGUAAAAUGAGAGCAGAGGUUGAGGAUUAUGAUGAAAUCCUCUUCCUUUGGGGAAUCCAAAAGCUAAAUGAAGAUUUCCCAAGCAAAGCGGUAGAUCAGUUGGCAAAGUGCUGCGAAGCCUAUCGCCAGGUAGUGGUGGCACUGAGAGAGAAGACGUCCCGCUGCUCCAUCAGAGUGAUCACCUACAGAACAACAGACAGAUAUGUGGACCACGUUAACUGUGGGUUUGCAUUGUACGGCAUGACCAGAACUUGUGUUGCUGAAGUUCCAGAAAUCACAUUUCAGUUGAUUGACCUCAGCUCCUCCACUUCCCUGGACAUCUCAGUGUUAGCAGAUGUCCUUAUCAAAUACAAAGGUGGGAACUAUCCAGAACUUUGCAUCAGCCAGGGAAGACUUUUUGUAUCUGAAAUCAGACGCACACCUUUUGUAGAUGCAGAUUACAUCCAACCUGUAAGGUCUCUCCAGAAAUCACAGUCAUUCACUUUGUACACUUCUGAUCCAUACGCAGCAAAAGACCUGUCUGGGGAUUUAUGCACCAUCUCUGCUGCUCAGCUUGACAAACAGAGUGUUGAAAUUCAAGUGGAUAAAAUUUGUCUGCACUCAGAAGAUUAUUUUCCCAUCAGUGUUUCUAGCUGCAACUUUGGCAACACACUGUAUUGGAACUCACAGGCAGGAGACAAACACAGGCUUCUAGGUCUUGAUUUCAGUGGCACAGUCACUGCAAUAGGCACUGAUGUGAAAAAAGUGAAAGUGGGAGAUCAUGUGGUUUCAUGUUAUCCCACAGCUGCAUCAUCCAGAGUUCAGAUUCCAGGACCAGUUUGUUUCAAUGCAAGGAAAUUCCCAUUCCUCCAGAAUGUCCCUUGUGUGUCAUACUUCAUCAUUGCAUGGGAAAUCUUCACUCAGAGGUUACCCAAGGGGAAACAUGGCAGAACACUGGGUAUUAUUACUACUGAGCCAUCAUCAGUUUUGUGCCACGUUCUUUCUGCAGCAGCAGAAGAGAUGGGCUGGAGAACAGUCCUUGCAAAGCCCACCCCUAACGUGUUGCAGUAUAUCAACUUGUGCACUGCCCUUGUUAUUCUUCCUCCAGUCAACAGACUGUCUCAGGAGGAUCUGGCCCACAUGCACUUUCUUAAAGAUGUGGUGAUUGUGUGUGGCAAUCAACAGGCUGAAUGCAUCCAGAAUGUCAGUGAAAUUGAUGAUGAAAACAUCAGCUUUCAUAUCCUCUCUGCUACCAGCCUUUUCCGAAAAGCACCGCUAAAGGAAUUGCAGAAGACCGUACAUGCCUGGAUCAGUUCCAUGGAUAUGAAACAGUUUAGACACCUCUCAGGUUCUGUUUUUCAGCAGCCUGAGAACUCUGAGGGGCUAAACUCUGUGACAUCCUAUUUCACCUGCACUUCUGUCCCCCUUGCUGUUCUGAGUAGGCAGAAGGACAUGGCUGUGCUUUCAGACAUCCCGUUGUACGAGCCCCAGAAGCAGCUGUUCAAGCAGAACGCUGUUUAUGUAGUAGUUGGGGGGCUCACUGGACUUGGCUUUGAAACGGUGAAAUUCAUAGCUGAGAAUGGGGGAGGGUGUAUUGCAAUACUCUCCAGGAGAAUUCCCAGCAGGGAGAAGCAAGAAGAGAUGAGGGCUUUGCAGCAGCAGUACAAAGGGAGCAGAGUCGUGUCUGUGCAGUGUGAUGUGGCUUUGACCAGUGAUGUUGAGAAAGCUUUCCAGUCCAUUGCCAACACCUUUGUGGGCACUCCAAUCAAAGGGGUAUUCCAAAGCGCUGUUGCUUUACACGAUGGCCACCUUGAAGUCCUGAAGCUGGCUGACUUUCACAAAGUGCUGAGCCCAAAAGUAGCAGGGACCCUAAAUCUUCACCAGGCUACCAGAGGCCAGGAGCUUGACUACUUUGUGUGCUACUCCUCUGUUACUUCCUUCCUGGGCAAUGCCACCCAGACAAACUAUGCAGCUGCAAACUCUUUCCUGGAUCUCUUCUGCCUCUAUAGAAGGAACUGUGGGCUUUCAGGCCAGGCCAUUAAUUGGGGUGCUUUGAACCUUGGUAUUCUGCUCAAUCAAAACCACAUUCAGAGCAUUCUGGGAUCCAAGGGCAUAGAUGUUCUGCAAGUCCAUGAAAUUCAUGACUAUCUCAGGAAGACCUUACUUAUAAACAACCCACAGCAAGCUGUUGUCAAAUUGAACUUUCAAACUUUGUAUCAUCGUGUUUUUCCUAAGAAUAUUUCUCUCAAAAGUCGCUUCAUAUCACUUGUUUCAGAAGAUUUCAGGAAGAAGAUUGAAAUGUCUGAGGAAAGGGAAGUCUCAGAGACUGCCUUUCUCAAAUCUGAGGACUACAUCACCUCACUGGUGAGUGACCUCACAGGAGUGAACACAGAUGAACUCACCAUGAACACACCACUCUCAUCUUUGGGCAUAGACUCCAUGUUAGCUAUGACAAUUCAGAACCGUGUCUUUAAGGAGCGGAAGGUGGACAUACCCCUUGUGAAACUGCUUGAUCCUCACACAACUCUGUCAAGUUUAGUGGUAGUUUUGGAAGAAAGAAGCAAUGCAGAUGGAAUAGCUGAAAAGAAGAAUGCUGUGGUUGAAAGUGCAGAAAACGAUAGCUUGCUAGAGGAGUUUUCUCAUUCAGGAAUUGUGUAA